CUCAAUCCUCACUGUCCAUCAUCGUCUGCUGGUCCGACGUUCUUGACCCACCUUCUUCAUUCAUUGUCCGCUCGGUUCAGCAAUUACCUUGUUUAAUACCCUUCACUCUCUCUUCGACGAUACCACCGCAGGUCCGGCUACUUGUGUUCCAAUCCCGACGGCUUCUUUGACAGAUCCGACGUGUACCAUAAUUUCGACGAGAUCUCGAUAGACCGACGACUCUGCAAGAGAAGGACCGGUAUUACGCAUCCGCAAGGAACAUUCACCAAACCACACUUAAUCGACAUCCCGCACCAACAAAGACACAAUGGGCAAGCUUAUUAAGAACCACUGGGCUCGUCUCAUUAUCCUGAGCGCUGCAGCUUACCAGGUCUUUGCUGCCAUCGAGUGCUUCGUCUGGCCCAAGAUCUUCUGGGACAUCUUCACCAAAUCACUAGACGGAGCCGUGAAGCCCAUACCGAUAUUACAAGUAGUAAAUCUUGUUUUCGGUCUCGUAAUGUUCGGCCUCGAGUGGCCGCUCAGCUUCGUUUCUGGAACCUCUAUCCACCGCUCCCUCGAAUUCCGCCUCGCCAUCCUGCCUCUCACGGCGCUAUCAGCCGCUCUCAUCUACCAGGGCACUAAUGCGGCCCUAUACUAUCUUAUCGGCAUGAUUGUCUACUUUUGGGGAUACAGUGAAGGCGAGAUCAUCUGCGCAACGCCUUGGACUCUACCCCAACGUGGACGUGCUGGCGGCGGCAGCCGUGCAUAGUCGGAUAUGCAAGGCCGUGUCUGCUAAAUUCUUCUUUCCGCCUCAUCUCAUCCGUGGAGGAUCAGACGAGUGCGAGAGAGAACUGUAUUCACAACCAUCAAGAAAAGAAAGAAAAUAAAAAAAAUUACGAUCC